AGGCUACUGUCAAUGGGUUGUAAAGAGCUGGACACCACUGAGCAACUAACAAAUCCUUUCAGUUUUCUUUCAAAAAGAUCUUACAUAGUAGGGGGGCAGAUAUCAAAAAGGAAUUAAAUAAAUAACCUGAUUUCCAUGAACUGUUGUGAAGACAAAACAGAAGAGUGGGACAGAGCUGCCUUUAGAUAGUGAUGGAUUGUAGAUCCGAUGAUCAGGGAUGGUCUGAGAUGGUAACACUGGACCAGAGACCAGAAGGAAAUAAGCAAAUGAGCCACAUGACUACCUGAGGGAAGAGCAUCCCAGAGACCAGCAUACCCACACCCCAUAGCACUGGGAAUGGGAUGUGCUUGUCACCUUCAAGGAACAAGGGUGUCUGGAGUGUGGUGAGCAGGGGAGAGUAGUCAGAGAUGAGAGCAGGAAAGCCCAAGAGACAAUACAGUUUUGUAAUGGGGACAAUAUAGCUUUUUAAAAUGACAGACUUUUCACAUGAAACAAUUUAUUUAAAAAAUAGGGUGGGAGGUGGGAAAGAGGCCCAAGAGGGAUGGAACGUAUGUAUAUCUAUGCUUGAACCAUGUUGAUGUAUGGUAGAAACCAACACAAUAUUGUAAUUAUCCUUCAAUUAAAUAAUCUUUAAAUAAAUAGAAAAAAUAAAAGAGUUCAGUAAAAACCACCAAACUGAACUCCCAGUCCAGUGUAUGAAGGGCUACUUGGUAUCAAGGACAGAUGUGGGAGGGAAUCAGAAGAGCUGAGCCUUGCCCCCACCAUCAGUUAACAGGCAACAAACCUCUCGCUGUUUCUCCAUCUACAAGUGAGUAAGAUCAAGUGAAAUAAAAAGAGUGAAUGUAUUUUGUGGCUACAAAUACUUGACAGAGUACCACUGUAAAAACACAAUCUGUGUCAAAAGGUCAUAAGAAAAUGGAAUUUUCUUGUGAAAUAGAAAUAGAAAUUUAAAAUAGUAGCAUCAGUCAUCAUUUACUGAACUCUUAGUAAACUAUUAAACUAUAGCUUUAUAAUAAUCUCAUGACAGAUAUAAUUAUCCUCAUUUUUAAAAUGAGAAAACGGUCUCAGAAAGCUUAAGUUGCUCAAGUCUCUGACCUAAUACAUGGAACAACAUAAAAAAAGAAACAUAACUAUGAAGAGAGUAUUUAUAGCAACAUGAAAAAUAUUAAGAAAAAUCUGCAAACUAAAAAAUUGAUUUUAGGCAUGAAAAAUGUGUGUGGAUAGAUGCAAAGAACAGAAAACAAAAGCAUGCCCUGCAUGUGACUGGGGCAAAAUGAAUACUUUUAUACUUUUUAUAUUUUUUUGCUAUUGUUAGAAUGUUUGCCCAAUAAGAGAGGGAGAAAAUUCUUGUGAAACUAUUUCAAAGACUAGUCACCAUUUCUUUCUAAAGGAUGGUGUUUGUCACGUCAAUUUUCUCAACACCAUCCUAAAUCCAGCUUUUUCCACGUUUCAUGCAAACCCUGCUCCUCGACAUUUACCCCUGCUUGUCCAUCUCCUGGUGACUUGACCCCAGCUACUCACACUCUGGCCAGGUCCCGUCCUCCAUUUAUCUCUGUGCAACACUGAAAUGCCUUCCUAACAAUUCAGUAAGCCUAAGGGCUUCUCCCACCACAGCAUCCUCCCCUCUGUGAUCCCUGAACAGUUCAUCAAUUUCCGAUACUUUUUAUCAACCACUUGACCAUUAUGCCUGAAAGUGCACAUAUUUUCACUGACUCCUUUGCCUGGAGUGAGUCUCUGUGUGUUAGCAAGAACAGUGCCAAACAGGAUGCAGAGCAAACGUCCCCAGUCUUUGAAUGGAUAAGGAAAGGAGAGCAAAGACAUUCUUGCUGUCCUUGAUCCCCAAAGAUUUCUCUAGAUGCCAGCGGUGGGAGGCUCAGAGGACCAGGGAGGAACCCCCAUCACCCACUGCAGCUUAGGGCAUUUUUCCACAGAGAGCCCCUUCUGCGGACCCCCUGCUCAGCCUGAGGCUAGGUGUUAAUAAGAAACCAAGCUGCCCUGACAAGAGAUGGGGCAGUUUGGGCUCUGUGUUCUUUACAUUUCUAUUCUACUCCCAGGAACAGGCUGUAAGGCAGCUUUAAGUUGACUGUAUUAUGAUUGAACUAUUUUUUAAAGACUGGAAACGGGCGAGGCGGGGCGGGUUAGGGGAAUUUCAUUUCCCACUGGUUUCCACCUUUGUCCAGGGGAAUAUAAAGGGAUGUCCAGGGAAAACAAAAUAUAACUCCAUCUUCACCCUGGAUAUGAAGAACUGGAAGACGUGCCCUAGGAUCAGGAACUUCGGCAACUGCAAAGGGAGGGCAGGGUGGAAAUCGAGGAAGGUUGUGUCAGAGACGGAGACGAGGCGGUGGACAGGCCCUUAUCAGGGCUUCGGCCAAACAGCUUGAAACUUUUUGAGUCCUUUCUCUGUAGAGCCAGAGAGAGAACUUCUCAAGGCAGCCCGAAUCCUCCGAGGGGCAGAAGUGUAGGCAGGAUGGAGCCGGGGCGAGGAGCUUCCACUUUGACGUACCUGACACCCGAGUCUCCUAGUUCACGCACGCUUAGGAUGGAGAUCGAGGAAAGCAGACCCUCUCUGUCCCGAGAGGGCGGGUCCCCCUGUUUCCGUAUGUCAAACUGUACCUCAGGCAAGUCCCAGGGGUCCGGCUGCGAAAUUCCUAGGCUAUUGUGAACCUUCUUCGGGGACUCCCGCCUUAGGGUUCUCUCGGCACAGAGGGGAGAGGGAGACCCACGGGACAGCCUCAAGACCCUGCUCCAGUCGGCUGCUUCUCCAGACCACGCCGCCCACGCCCACCCCGGGAGCAGCUCUGCUCAGGGGCCGCCGGCUCGGAGUCGCGGGCCCCUUUCCAAACCCACUCUGCGCGGACCCUCGCCACGCCCUCGGAUUCCCAGCCCUGUGACAGCCCGCUAGCGAGGCAAGGCAGGAGGGACUGGCGCAGGGACUAAGGUGGAGGAGAUGGACUCCUGAGGGGCCCACUUUUUCCUCCACUGGAAAGAGACCCACGAGGACUCAAAGGCGAGGCGCCAGAGGGGUGGGGAGCUGCGGCCCAAUGAGGGACCAGAGUAGGGCGAACUGGACUCCUCUCUGCCCUCCCCAUCACGCAAGGCCCACUUCCACGCCCUCACUCGCCGCGUCCACCCCGAGCCCAGGGCGCGCUAGCGUCCCCGCGGGGGAGCCGGGAUGCCGCGCGCUAUGGAAGCAGCUAACCUCUCGGUGGCCUCCACCGGCGUCGCCCUUCGCCUGGGACCCGAAGCCUUCAGCAGUAGCCCAAACCCAAGCGGGGUCGUCGGAUCGACCCCAGGUGGUGCGGCCCCGCCGGGCCGAGAACCGCCUUUCUCCGUCUUCUCGGUGCUGGUAGUGACGCUGCUGGUGCUGCUGAUAGCGGCCACGUUCCUGUGGAACCUGCUGGUUCUGGUCACCAUCCUGCGGGUCCGCGCCUUUCACCGUGUGCCGCAUAACUUGGUGGCCUCGACGGCCGUGUCCGACGUGCUAGUGGCAGCGCUGGUAAUGCCCCUGAGCCUGGUGAGCGAGCUAUCGGCGGGGAGACGGUGGCUGCUGGGCCGGAGUCUAUGCCACGUGUGGAUCUCCUUCGACGUGAUGUGCUGCACCGCCAGCAUUUGGAACGUGGCGGCCAUCGCCCUGGACCGCUACUGGACUAUCACGCGCCACCUGCAGUACACGCUGCGCACCCGCCGCCGCGCCUCGAUGCUCAUGAUCGCGCUCACCUGGGCGCUCUCCGCUCUCAUCGCCCUCGCACCAUUGUUCUUCGGCUGGGGCGAGGCGUACGACGCUCGACUCCAGCGCUGCCAGGUGAGCCAGGAACCCUCCUACGCGGUCUUCUCCACCUGCGGCGCCUUCUACCUGCCGCUUGGCGUGGUGCUGUUUGUCUAUUGGAAGAUAUAUAAGGCGGCCAAGUUUCGCCUCGGUCGCCGCUGCAGGGCUGUGCUGCCCUUGCCCUCCACUGUGCAGGUAAAGGAGGCCCCUCAGGAGGCUGAGAUGGUGUUCACGGCCCGUCGCCCCAUGGUGGCCUUUCAGACGAGCGGAGCCUCGUGGCGGGAGCAGAAGGAGAAGCGGGCGGCAGUGAUGGUGGGCAUCCUCAUCGGCGUGUUCGUGCUGUGCUGGAUCCCCUUCUUCCUGGCUGAGCUCAUCGGCCCCCUCUGUGCCUGCAGCCUGCCCCCCAUCUGGAAAAGCGUGUUUCUGUGGCUUGGCUACUCCAACUCUUUCUUCAAUCCCCUGAUUUACACAGCAUUUAAUAAGAACUACAACAAUGCCUUCAAGAACCUUUUCACCAAGCAGAGAUAAACCCAGGGCUUGGAGAGGGGAGGGAACUGGGAUUUCUCCCCUUCAUUUGUGGUCUGGGCUAGAGCUGUCCCACCGCUGAAUAUUAAUGAUGUUUGGGAACCACACCACUUGGGCUUGGACUACAGGGGCAGCGAGGCCAAAGGCCCUCCAGAAAGACAGCAGGUAGGUGGCAAGUGUGCAGCUAUGCCCGCUCACCGAGUGAUGGACAUUGCUAAUCGAUCUCAGUAUAUCUUCCCACUGAGCUGGAACUCAGCCUCAGAAUCCUUUCUGGACAAUGCAUUCGGCAGUUAUUGCUAAUUGGCCAGAAUUUAUACAAGAGUGGCAUCCCAGGUGGGGCUAGUGGGAAAG